AUGGAGAAGGACGCAGACGGUUUCUAUACCCCGAAAGUGGAAGGUUCUGUGCCGCUUGCACAGGAUGAAAACAAGGAUGUGACGAAGGAAGUGGAACAGCCCGCUCAAUCUACUAGAACCGACUUGAUUUCGUCGACGUUCGAGGUCACGGUUACGCUUGCAGACCAGCAGGCCGACCCGAAUUCCCCUUUAUUCAGUGCAAAGACAUUCGAAGAACUUGGACUUCAUCAAGAUUUAUUGAAGGGUCUUUAUGAUCUUGGUUUCUCGAAGCCGUCGAAGAUCCAAGAGCGUGCGCUGCCCCUAUUGCUCGCGAAUCCUCCUCAGAAUAUGAUCGGACAAUCGCAAUCUGGCACAGGCAAGACUGCUGCCUUUGUGCUUACCAUGCUCAGUCGUAUAGAUUUCUCCAAGAACAAGACGCAGGCGCUGUGUCUAGCUCCUUCACGAGAACUUGCGCGUCAGAUUAUGUCUGUUGUCGUUGCUAUGGGCAAAUUUACUCCAGUUCAGACGGAGUACGCAAUAAAGGAUAACCUUCCCAAGGGUGCAUCGCGAAUAACUGCACACAUCGUUGUCGGGACUCCGGGAACAAUGUCGGAUCUUCUAAAAAGAAAGGUUAUCGAUACAUCUGACGUGAAGGUAUUUGUGCUCGACGAAGCGGAUAACAUGCUUGACCAGGAUGGACUUGGUGACCAAACAUUGCGAGUGAAAAACCUCCUUCCCCGAUCGGGCGUUCAGAUUAUCUUGUUUUCCGCAACAUUCCCCGAUCACGUCCGCAAUUUCGCUAGUAAAUUCGCUCCUAAUGCGAACAAGAUCGAGCUUCAAAAGGAGGAGCUGUCUGUGGAGGGCAUCCGGCAAUUUUAUAUGGAUUGCAAAAAUGAAGAUCACAAAUACGAUAUCCUCGUGUCCCUGUAUCAACUUUUGACGAUCGGUCAAAGUAUCAUCUUCUGCCAGCACCGCCAUACAGCAGAUAGAAUCUCACAACGUAUGACAGCUGAAGGUCACAAGGUGGCAUCACUGCAUGGUGCCAAGGACGCCGCAGAACGUGACUCCAUUAUUGACAACUUCCGUGAAGGACGCGAAAAAGUCCUUAUCACGACGAAUGUCAUCGCGCGUGGUAUCGACAUCAUGCAGGUUAACAUGGUGGUGAAUUAUGAUCUUCCGUUGAUGAAUGAGCGGGGAAAUCAACAGGCCCAAGACGCAAAACCCGAUGUUGAGACGUACAUUCACCGUAUUGGUCGCACUGGUCGUUUCGGACGCAAGGGUAUUUCAAUAAACUUCGUCCACGAUCGCCGAACCUGGGAACAGAUGGAGGAGAUUGAAAAGACACUAAACAAGAAGAUCAUCCGCAUAGAAACUAAUGAUCUGGAUGAGAUGGAAGAGAAAAUGAAGAAGGCGUUGAAGUAAUCUGUGAUUUUGUAUCUGGAUGUGGAUUCUCUGUUGUAUUCUCUUCUGAACACACUAGGUCGCCUUGCGACCGUAUAUUAAUCAACCAUGACCUCGUGGCUAGUAUCGUCACAUUCACGUGGAAGCUUCGAUUGCGUGCAGUCUUAUAUUGUAGUUUCUGGAUCCGACAGUGGACCAGUGUCAUGCAUUCAGCAAGGCGAACUUAGUAUGGGACUGAGUGGGCAGGAGAGAAACAUGAUCAUUGAAUAUUGAAUGCUCAUCUGGGCAACAGCCAGAAGUAAUAGAGAUGUUAUCGUUACAUCGAAGCUAUGACUCUCUGCCAGACAUAAUGAGCGCACUGGUAUUGCGGUAUAGAAAUUCUAGACCAGGGAUAGGGACCUCUUUUGAUUGUCUGUGAAAUAAUUAGCGGCAACUCAGGAGUAUCAGAGGAGACUUACAGCUCGCGCAC